UUCGUAUUGUGUUAAACGCACCGUUUGUUAAGAAUCAUGUGACCAGCCCAGGCAGCCAUGGCAACCAGCGUAGCUGCUACUGCUGCUGCUGACUUCACGAGAUACGAGAAAAUGCUAACAAGUUCACGAUAACUUUUCAGCUAAAGUUUACAGCUCUGUGUAUUCUGCCGCACCUUGGACGGGUUUAAACACAAAUGAUACACCAAAAUGUCCGGGGAGCGAGAGCCAUCGCCUCCCGGGAGAGGGGGCCUCCUUCGCGGAAGCCGAACCAGAUCUUACGGCAGUUUGAUCCGACCUUCACAGUCUCCGGUUCGCCGCAGAGUCGUGGAACAUGUCGUCCAACCGGGAGAGACUUUGCAGGGCCUGGCCCUUAAAUACGGAGUGUCUAUGGAGCAAAUCAAAAGAGCAAACCGACUGUACACCAAUGACUCAAUAUUCCUGAAGAAGUCGUUGUCUAUCCCGGUGCUGUCGGAUUUGGAAGACUGCAGCAAAGAGGUGCUUGUAGAAAACCUUAUAGGAAGCAACGGGGACUGUUCUGAUCAGAAUGGGCAUACACCAAGCUCCUCUGAGAAAAAGAAAGAAGAUGAUUCAAGUCUUACCCCUGUAGGUUUCUUAAAGAGGUUGGAUGACUUCAUCAGUCAGUCUAAGCAAGCUGCAGCCAAAGGAUGUCAGGAUUCUGAGAAAAGGGUCGCAGCCCUCGAAGCAGCUUGCUCCAGCGGGACAUCGGAUUGGCGACCACUCUCAAGGUCGCAAAGUGUUAUUUCAUCUUCUAGAAUCCAGCAGCAGGCAGCACAAAGGGUGGCUGUACCCCUCGCUACCACCAAGCUCACCAAACUGAAAGACCUGGAAGAUGAAAUCUUUGAACUGUGACUGUGCGUUUUAUCUUACAACAUACUCAUCAUUAAGUCAGUACUGUCAGAACGCCGUUUCGCAAGGGCAACACCCCAGAACUCUGCUGGCCAUGCUGUUGAGAGUUUCAACCUUUUACCAGAAACGUUGGAGCAUUGAAACGUUCAUAUGUGGAGAUGAAGUGUGUUUGGCUUGUUCUCACAGGAAUUAGGAAAACUACAUGUUGCGUAAUGUGAUCACAUGGUGAUUUAGUCAUAUAACUGCUUAAGGAGGACCCGGUGAGUGGUUUGUAUGAAAUGCUGCUUGACAUGUUUCCUCCCACAUAGUCUGGGAGUGGACGUUCACACUAUGAUGAUAGAAGCACUAAACAGCUCAAAACUAAUGUAGCUGAAGCAAUAUUAGAGUAUUUAUGAACAUUUUUUAUUUUGUUGGGUUGAAAUAAAGGAAAAUAAAAACUU